AUGAGCACUCCAGAGGAAUUAGAAAGUGAAGCAACAGUUGAAAGUUAUGAAAAGAAAGAGGAUAUGAACGAGUCUGUGGAACCUCAGAGAGGCGAAGAAAUAGAAGAAAAUAUUGUACACAAUACUGAAAAAGCUCCCACUGUGGAAGAAGAAGAGCAAGAGCAGAAUCAACUGGAAGAUCCAGAAAAACUCAUCGAAACCUCUGAAGCCUUGCAAGAGUCAACAUCUGAAGAUCCUGUAGUAGGAGAACAGGAAGAACAGGGUGAUCAG